AUACCUUUUGUUCGUAUAUUCUCGCUACAGAUACCGAACCGUACAGGAGGGAACCCAAACCGGACCGGAGCAGCCAUCGCAAGUGAACGAUGAACAAGGGCACGCACAAUGGACACAGCGCCAACAGCGACGAGUGGGCAAUACUGGAACGCAUUUAUCGGAUACUAACCGAGGAGGGGUAUCUCAACGGGGGAUUAACAUCAACCGAACGGUGUCAAGUGUCGCCACCGCACUCGGUGGUAAAGUUUGAACAUCCGGUCGACUUAAAGCGGUUGAUACACUUCCCGAUGGACGAGAAGGAACCGAGCAGUGAGGCCACGAUCGAGCGGAUCAUCCGCCAGGUGCUACACUACUCCGUGCGAACCGGCCAUCCGCACUUCCACAAUCAACUGUUUGCUGGCGUCGAUCCGUACGGUCUCACCGGGAGCUGGAUCACGGAAGCCCUCAACACUAGUCAGUACACCUUUGAGGUGGGUCCAACGUGUACGCUGAUCGAGAAUGCGGUCAUCGAGAAGUGCCUGGAGCUGUUCGGUUUCCCGGCUACCGGCGAUGGCAUCCUCUGCCCGGGCGGAUCCAUGUCUAACAUGUACGCAAUCGUGGCCGCCCGUUUCCGGGCGGUUCCUGAUGUAAAGCGGACGGGCGUCACCAACCUACCGACACCGCUUGUCGUCUUCACUUCGGAGGAUGCACACUACAGCAUCACUAAAGCGGUCCACUGGCUAGGGAUUGGAAUGAACAAUUUGAUCCAAGUGAAGACGGAUUGCGCCGGACGGAUGAUACCGGAGGAGCUGGAGCGUGCGAUCGAGAGCGUGAUCGCCUCGGGAAGACGUCCGUUCUUCGUCAAUGCAACGGCCGGUACGACGGUGCUCGGUGCGUUCGAUGAUUUCUCGGCGAUCGCCGACAUCUGCGCACGGUACGCCGGUGGUCUUUGGUUGCACGUGGACGCAUGUCUCGGAGGAACCGCCAUUCUGUCUCGCACCCAUCGUAAUCUACUGGCCGGUGUGCAACGGGCCCAGUCGCUUGCCUGGAACCCCCACAAAACUCUCGGUGCACCAUUGCAGUGUUCGGUGUUGGUGGUGCAGGAGCGUGGCCUACUGCACGAGUGCAACGCGGCCAACGCGGACUAUCUCUUCCAACAGGACAAAUUCUACGACAUCUCGUACGAUACGGGCGACAAGAGUGUGCAGUGUGGCCGGAAGGUGGACGCUUUCAAGUUUUGGCUUAUGUACAAAGCCCGUGGUGAAACCGGACUCGAAUCGCUGGUCGAUAAUGCGUUCGAGUGUUCAAGGUAUCUACAUGAGCUGGUGCGCACCCGAACCGGCUUCCGACCGGUGCUGACCGAGUUCCAGUACACGAACAUUAGCUUCUGGUAUGUACCGAGUUGGAUGCGAUGGACGCAACACGAACCUCCCACUGAGCGAUGGUGGCAAAAGUUGUACUCCGUCACGGCCGACAUUAAGGAGCGCAUGGUAAUGCGUGGUACGGCUCUGGUCGGAUACGUGCCGUUGCUGCACAAGGGCAUUGGGAACUUUUUCCGGAUGGUCGUUACGUGCCAUCCUCGUCCGACCCUCGAGUCGAUGCUGUUCAUCGUGGACGAGAUCGAGCGCAUCGGGGAAUCGUUGGGGAAUGCGAAUCCGAUCCCGGCUCCGGAACGGCAUGAAAACAACCCACAGCAGCCCAACAACGGGAUGGAAUUAUAGUAAAUUCGAAAAGCUUUCUAUUUUAAUACAAUAAAAUGCAUUUAAACAAAAUGA